AUGUUAAAGAAUGAAGUGAUUCUUGUGAGGUUUGAAACAGUAGUUGGGAAAGAUGAAGCGAUCCAAGGUGGCAUAUACCAUUUUGAUAACAAACCCUUCAUAGUGAAAGCAUGGAAUCCUGACAUGGAAUUAACUAGGGAUGAGCUAUAUACAGUCCCUAUAUGGAUCAGGUUCCCAGGGCUUGUAAUCAAGUAUUGGAGUCCUCAAGCUUUGAGUAAAAUAGGGAGCUUGGUGGGGAAGCCCAUGAUGGUAGAUAACAAUACCGAGAAGAAGAAUGGUCUGAACUUUGCUAGAUUACUGGUGGAGGUGGGGAUGGAUACUAAAUUACCCGAACUCGUCGUGUUCAAAAAUGAGAAGGGUCAAGUAGCUGAGCAGAAAGUUAUGUAUGAUUGGAAACCAACAUUAUGCACUCAUUGCCGUAAGUAUGGCCAUGUAGUGGAUAUAUGUAGGAAGAAAAAAAUGGCUGCAAAUGGAGGAGAUAUAUCGAAAGUGAGAAAUGCAAAAAGAGGGAUACAACACAAAGACAGGACUUCAAACGAGCAGGGGAUACAGCAGGAACAAAUCCAGGAAACAACAAUUAAUUCACAUGAAAAUCAAACACAAGUGACAACAGCAAAACAGAAUGACGAGACAGUUUGGGUAACACCACAAAAGGCAGGGAAGAGCAAGAAUAUAGAGGUUCAACAAGCAUAUAAACAAAUAGAGAACUCAAAUUCAUUUCAGGUGUUGGAAGGCAGCUGGGGAAAUACUAAUAAUAAUAAGAGAUUGAAUCUAUCCGGACAGGUUGGAAAUGUUGGCACUGAAUCCAUACCCUAUUAUGGGGAUGGUUAA